CCUACUAAUUUGUUUGUACUAGUAAUUAAUUGUUGUGUAUAAGUCUUUGAAUAAUUUAAUGAUGAUGGGGGGGGAGGGCCCCUAGUAGUAAGUAAUACACGCAAACCUAAUUUGACCAAGGAAAUUUCCCAGAAAUAAAUACUAUGACUUGAUCAACUGCCAACAGAUACUUAAUUUUUAUAAGCAUCCCAAAGAAAAGAAGUAAUGUAAUAAAAAAAAAAAAAAAAAAAAAGGUUGGGUUUUUAUUUGGAUGUUACAUCUGAAUAUGGGGGCCACGGCCGACCAUGACAGGAUGGCAAUAAUCUCUCUCAUUCAUUCAUGAUUCAUCAAUUCUAACUAUAUUUCAAAGACUUUCUCCUCCAUCUUGUUUCUUCUUCUUCUUCUUCUUUGUUGAGCUCAACUAUAUUGAAAAUUACAUAAAUGGAGAAAAAUCAGUUUGAAGAUCAUUUUCCGACAAGCCCGUUAGAAGCAACCUCGGAUAGGUCGUCAUCAUCUUCCUUGUCCCAAAGCCCCUCUUCCUCAGAUCAUUCCACUGCCUUCACCGAAAAUGGGGAAAGAUGUGGCAAGAAUCAUCACAAGAAGAAACUCGAAAGAAACGGAGGCAGUUUUGCUUAUCGAAUACGCGAACACGUGAAAAUGGGGCCUAAUUUAUCGGAAACGGUGAAGGGGAAGCUGAUUGUGGGGGCGAGAAUAAUAAAGAAAGGAGGGAGAGAAAAUAUAUUUAGGGAGAUAUUUGGUGUUUGUGAUGGAGAAAAACUGCUAAAGGCAUCCCAAUGCUAUCUGUCAACAACAGCAGGUCCAAUAGCUGGGAUUCUAUUCAUCUCAACCGAAAAGAUUGCUUUUUGCAGUGAGAGAUCCAUUACAGUCAACUCCUCAUCUGGUGCCCUUAUGAGGAUACUUUACAAGGUGUCGAUACCGGUGAAGAAGAUAGAAGAAGCAAAUGAGAGUGAGAAUGUGAACAAUCCAGCACAGAAAUACAUUGAGAUAGUUACUCAAGACAAGUUUGAGUUUUGGUUUAUGGGUUUUCUCAGAUACGAAAAGGCUUUUUUCAAUCUCCAAAGGGCCAUUUCCAUUUCUAAACAAUCAACUUAAUUUUGUACAAAGCUCUGUUUGUCUUUUUUUUUUUUUUUGUGACAGUUUGAUGAUGAGGUGUUUGUUACAAAUAUUAGAUUAUUUGUUUUCAGUAAUUUUUUUUUUUUUUGGUUAGGUUGGAUAAGGUUUUUUUGUUUUUGGAUGGUACAUUGGUUGAAAUAGAUAGGUGUUUAUUGAGACAUAAUAAUAUUGAUGUUGGUGUGGAAAGCAGAUGAUAUGUAUAUAAGAAAAAGAUUUGUUUUGUUUGUAUAUUGAA